AUGCGUAUCGAAGCUCCCCUUGACUGCGAUCUUUGCACUCAAGGCUCCAACGAUUGCUAUGCCCUCAAUCAUAUCCAAUCGGAGAUUCAAUCGGUGGAGCACGGUCUUCAUGAUGCGAUCCUCCUGGCCAUUCCUCUGGGCAAAAGCCAGUUUGACUUGACGGUUGAAUGGACCACUGCUAGUCGAAUCAGAGACCACUUCACUGACAUAAGUCAUUUGCGUCUGUUGAGUUCUGAUCCUCUCUUCGCCGCCGAAAUCGGUCGUUCGUCUUCGGAGACCGCAUUUGCUGCUUUGACGCAAAUUAGACGUCAAUACAACCUGGCGGCGAGUUCAAUUUACAAAUCAAAUGACCCACGCCGCAUCCGCUGGUUCGAGACUGAAACCAAACACAUUGAAGGUCUCCUGCAGGUUUACCAACAGCAGUGCGUCGACCUAGCGGGAAUGUCUUUUCGUAUCGAGUAG